AUGUCGUUCGAUUCUUCUCUUCACACCGACUAUUCUCAGCACUAUUCAAUGCCAGCUUCGGACGCUCCGUCGACGUCGACACCAUCCAGAAAGCGUCAAGCGCCACGUGGCGAUAUGGAGAACCAGCCAAAGUACACACUUUUAGAGUCUGCAGGGGCUAAAGCUCAUGCGCCGCCACCUCAACAAUAUGCACCAGAAAAUGGCUAUAUGAUGUAUAAUGAUCACUUCUAUCACAACUACAACAACUUCUAUAUGCCCUUGGAUCAUCAAAAUCAAUACUUCAUGGCGCCGCCAGCUCGUGAAGUUACUCCACCAAUGGCGGCACAACAAACCGUACCACAACACUCAACGCCAACAGAGCCAGCCGCUGGAAGCAUGAUGUACACUCCAGAAUCCCUUCAGAAUACACCAGUGGCUUAUGAGCAGGUUUCAGUGGUCCCUCCAGCUCCAGAUACUUAUCAGAUGUCUCGUGACACAUAUCGUCAAGCGAACUCAGAAGCCGCAGUUGUCCCAGCCACCACCACCACUAAAAAAUUCGUCAAAAAAGCCCCAAAAUCUGAGCCAUUCCUAUUGCACCUGUGGGGACUCAAAAUUCCCGCCGGCUCCGCUCAUGGAAAUGCGCCUCAGAUCUUCCCGACAUUCUCCAUUGAUCACCCGUUGAAUGAUUCACAAAUCAUUGUCCAAGAAGUCGAUGGACGUCUUCCGAUUGUCGGGUCCCGGUCGAAGAUGAGUUUGACGGUUGGCGAGUUGAGACGGAGAGUUGGGGCGCCGGAGAAUAUGAAUAUGAGUGCGAUGUAUGCGUAUUUCAGAAAAUCCAAAAAAAAGGAAACCAUGCAGCAAGUCAAGGAAAUUCUCGAGCGACACCAAAUCGACAUUCCCCACAUGCAGCGCAAACGAAAGUUCUCCCGCUUCACCCCAAUGCUCGAGGAGGAGUGCUCACGAUUGGCAGAGGAUUUGUCAAAGCUCUACGAAAAGUAUUUGCCAGAAGCUACACUUGCAGAGCAGAUGGUUAUGGAUAUGCUCGGAAAAGGAUGUACACUUGAUAAGUGUCUUCGAUUCCUGGAGAAUACAAAAAAAAUCAUGGGAAAAAUCGUCAACACCCUGGAAUCCCGUCAACCAGCUCUCACUUAUCACGAAGAGAAGCUUAAGAACAAUCGCCUCGACGUCUUCUAUCACGUAUUCUCCCUCCUCACACACGGAUUCGGCCACCCCGUCUCGAUUCUUCACUACCGACACUACCAUAAGAUCGUUGUCUCUGCUAUCGAAAUUGCCCAAAAUAUGAUCUCGGGAACUUAUAAUCUGACGUUUGAAGAUGCCGGAACUGCCAAGCCAUUCGCUGUGAUGAGUGAUGCAAAGUGGGCGGAGCAAUGCGCGAGAAAACAAGCUGCCGUACUCGCUCAAGCCUAUAAUAAUGUACCAGUCUGA